AUGGCUGAAGCUAGUAAGCCCAUGAUGAAGAAAGCUCCAAAAUCUGUUCCUUUGGAGAGGAAUAAGAGAGAAAAGGAACAAUUCCGUAAACUCUUUAUUGGUGGCUUGAGCUCUGAAACCACAGAAGAAAGUCUGUGGAACUACUACCAGCAAUGGGGAUAUCUUACAGACUGUGUGUUAAUACGGGAACCUGUAAGCCAAAAAUCAAGAAGAUUUGGUUUUGUCACGUUUUCAUCCAUGGCUGAGGUUGAUGCUGUCAUGGCUGCCAGACCUCAUUCCAUUGAUGGGAAAACGGUUACACCCAAACGUGCUGUCCCAAGAGAGGACUAUGGAAAGCCGGGGGCUCUUGUCACUGUGAAGAAGCUGUUUGUUGGUGGAAUUGCAGAAGAUACUGAGGAACAUCAUCUUAGAGAUUACUUUGAGAAAUAUGGAAAAAUCAAUGCCAUUGAAAUAAUUACUGAUGGGCAGUCAGGCAAGAAAAGAGGCUUUGGGUUUGUUGCUUUUGAUGACCAUGAUCCCGUGGAUAAGAUUGUGUUGCAGAAAAAUCAUACCAUCAAUGGUCAUCAUGCAGAAGUAAGAAAGGCCUUGUCUAGACAAGAAAUGCAAGAAGGCCAAUGUUCUAGAAGUGGAAGAGGAAGAAACGCUGGUUUUGUAUAUUUUCAUGGUGGUGGGGGAAAGUUUGGAGCAGGAAAUUUUGGAGGAAGGAACUUUAGAGGAGGAUCUGAUGGAUAUGGAAGAGGACAUACAUUUGGGGAUGGCUAUCAUGGGUCUGGAGGUGGCAAUUUGGGGGUUAGCCCUGGUUAUGGAGGAGGACGAGGAGGAUAUGAUGGUGGAUAUGGCAACCAGGAUGGGAGCUCCAGAGCUGGUUAUGACAACUAUGGAAGAAGAAAUUAUGGAAGUCAAAAUUACAGUGAUUUGGAGAAUUAUAAGCAGAAACCCUCUAAGUACGAAUUACUGAAGAGUGGAAAACUUAGUGGCAGCAGGAACAUGGGAGGAUCAUAUAGUGGAGGAAACUAUGGUCAAAGAGGCAGUGGAGGAAGAGGGGGUUAUGGACAGACAAGAUGA